AUGAACAUUGUCUACAAUACAAUCAAGUACACGGGACUGCUGUCCAAUCUCUUGUAUAUGAUGCUCGCUAUAGGCAUCAUGUCUGGCGCAGGUCUAGGCCUACAAAUGGCCGAGCCCAAUACGCCGGAACACACCUAUUUCAUCGAGAGUAUUGUGCUGGGCGCCUCAAUUUGCAUAAUCGUGAUAUUUGGCUGUUAUGGACUGGUGUGCAACCUGUUGAGUGUCAACAUAAUUUUCACCUGCUUUAUACUCAUCGUCCUUGGAGUGGAAUAUAUCCAGGUGCGCAGCUAUCAGCCUCACACUCGAUAUAGUAGCGCCUUGCGCCAGUUGGAUCAUGCCUGGUAUCGUGUGGGGACGCAGCCGCAGCUGAUGCAGCAAUAUGAGGCACAGCAACACUGUUGUGGCUACAACAAUGCGGCUGAUUAUCAGCUCUUACAUAUGCAAAUACCCGCCAGCUGUUAUCAGCCGCUGAAGCAGAAGAGCUCUGGCGCCACAACCAAGCUUUACACGCGCGGCUGCCUGGCGUCUUUGGACAGCAGCCAACGGUAUAUACAGCGACGUGAUAAGGUCUUCAUGUGGUUCAUCGUUGGCCUUGAGCUCUUCAUACUCACACAGACCAUUGCCCUCAGCAUUUUACUCUACAAGCUGCGCCAGCAACAGCGACGGUCACUGCACCAAGUGCCGCCCGGGGUUCGUCGUGAGCCUCGUGCAAAUCACGUGAACUCACGGACGCCCCUGCUGCUGGCACAGGAAGUUUGA